UGACCACAGCAGCUGAUGACUGUAGAGUUUACUAGUUCGUGUCAUGCGUUUGUAUGGUAUUGUGUUGCGUUUUCUGUGUAAUAUGUAAGUGAUUUGAUGGUGGAGACAGGAAAUCACAGAAAGACACAUAUUGAGUGUGUGGAUUAGGAGAGCACUCAUGGACUCCAAGGGAACUAGUUGGCUGAAAAAAGAGAAGAUUGAAGUAUAUGCUGAACAAGGCUCCUUGUUUCCUGAAGAUCCGCUAAAGAUUGUAAUGACUAGUCUCCAUAUAAAGCAAGACUUAGAACUGAAACAGGAGGAUGGCAUUGAGCGUGACUUUCCUGAAGAUCCACUAAAGAUUGUAAUGACUAGUCUCCAUAUAAAGCAAGACUUAGAACUGAAACAGGAGGAUGGCAUUGAGCGUGACUUUCCUGAAGAUCCGCUAAAGAUUGUAAUGACUAGUCUCCAUAUAAAGCAAGACUUAGAACUGAAACAGGAGGAUGGCAUUGAGCGUGACUUUCCUGAAGAUCCGCUAAAGAUUGUAAUGACUAGUCUCCAUAUAAAGCAAGACUUAGAACUGAAACAGGAGGAUGGCAUUGAGCGUGACUGUCUUGAAGAUAACUUGGGAAUCUCUCAUCCAAAUGAUUUUAUCAAGGAGGAUCCUGAACAAAAUUUGGAGGUGGCAGCCUCAAUAAGAAAAACAUCUGAUAGUUUAAGAAAUAAAUUGAUCAUUGGUGGUUUUAAGAAUUUCUACCCAAAGCCUAAAGUGUCCUCCAAAACAAAGAAAAAUCCACAUGGAAAGAGUGAUUGGAAGUCACUGGAUGUUGCAACCGUGCAGGAUCUCAAGACGCAUUGCAUCGCAGUGCUGGUUGUGGCGCGCCUGGCACAGAGCAGCUGGAGUCACGGACCGACGCCGCCUGCAGAGGGAGACCAGCAGCCCACAGACGAGGAGGGUCGUGGCGGCGCCCUAGCGGUGGUUCGCAGCAUCACCUGGAUCUCUGGCUGGGGACUCUGCGGUGGUCUCGCGUGCCUCGUCGCUGCCGACUGCACCAACCCCUGCUCCGUGCAUGGUACGUACACCACUGAAGACUGA